AAUACCAAGGUCCCCGUGCACAGAGCCAUUGAGAAGGGACGAUUAAUCGUGGUGCCCGAAGACAUACGGACAGGCAUGGAAGGAAGAAUCGAUGCCUAUAUAUGCUGUAGGAGUACGUAUGUGAUAAUUAAAUCUCUCUCUCAGCCGAUAAUCGUCAGGUGACAUUAAAGUUGCGUAACUCCUCGAUCGGAUUCACUCAUGGCGGCGACUGGAUCAGGCAGCGGCGGCGGCAGACAGAAUGAGGAGGCGAGGCAGCGGUGGAGCCUGGCAGGAAAGACGGCACUAGUCACCGGAGGAACCAAAGGGAUCGGGCUUGCGAUCGUGGAGGAGCUGGCGAGCCUUGGCGCCAGGGUGCACACCUGCUCCCGCACUGCCGGAGACCUGGACGCAUGCCGGCGCCGCUGGGCCGACAAGGGCCUAGUCCAAGCCGGCGACGUGAUCACCACCUCCGUCUGUGAUGUGUCCUCGGAGCGCGACAGGGAGAGCCUGGUGGCCACCGUGCGCGACAUCUUCCACGGCAGCCUCCACAUCCUCGUCAACAACGCCGGCGGGUCCCUGUACAGGCCGGCGGCGGCCACCACGCCCGACGACUACGCCCACCUCAUGGCCACCAACCUGGACUCGUGCUUCCACCUCAGCCGCCUCGCCCACCCGCUCCUCCGGCGGGCGGGCGGCGCCGUGGUGGUGCACAUGUCCUCCGUGGCGGCCUUCGUCGCGUACCCGGCGCUGUCCGCCUACUCGGUCAGCAAGGGCGCUCUGCAGCCGCUCACCAGGAGCCUCGCUGCCGAGUGGGCGCCGCACGGCGUCCGCGUCAACUGCGUCGCGCCAGGGGUCAUCGACAGUACAGGCAUCUCUGGCACGACGCUGGGCGACGCCAGCAGGGCACGGAGGCUGGCGGAGAUGGAGAUGUCGCGGGUGCCCAUGCGCCGCUUUGGCACGCCACAGGAGGUGGCCGCGCUCGUCGCCUUCCUCUGCAUGCCCGCCGCCUCCUACAUUACUGGCCAGGUCAUCUGCAUCGAUGGCGGACGAACCGUUGCCGCCAAACUGUGAAUGGAUUGCAACCUCUGUUGCUACUCCAGCUUGCGAAUUGAACAGUCACUGCAGAUCAAUUGUGUGCGCGUGUACGAGGAACAAUGCAAUUCCGGAAUCGAUUACCAACAAAAUACACAAGCGUGCAGAGGAAAGUUUCUAGGGUGCAAAGCUACCCCCACCAUCGCUGACGACUCAAUUCAGAUGGUUAUUACUGCUGCCAGGCCAUUCCAUAUGUAUACAUCCCGUCGAGUCACGAAAGAAACGCAAAGCAAACCACCAGGAGGAGAUGACAAAUCAUCAAAUUCAGUUCAUGACAGACCAGGGCCACCAGGGCCUCAUUCUUGAUCAUAGCAAACACAGGAAAUCAAUAUCUCAACCUAUAGUAUCGAUGGUCAGGAGAUAAACUGACUGUUUCUAGGGUGCAUCCAUAUCUCCUUCCAUGAGUGAAACUCUAUCGCCAGUCUUGCUGAGCAGCUUCCACAAUC